AUGACAGAGUUAUCGUGGAAAGAACAAGAAAUAGACCAGUUCUUUGAAAGACGGCAAUCUACCAAACAGCUAGAAUGCGACGAAUACGCUCAUAAGAUUUCCGGUGGCUCGAUCGAGGCCGUUGGUGUUCCGGGUUCGUUGAGCUACACCGUUCUUUGCACAGAUUGCCCAAGAGAACCGCGAAAUCUAAUCGUAUCUUUACGAGAAGUCUGGUCCACUCUGGAUACAGCCAUAACACAACUAGCGAAAUCAAUACACGGCGACUUUGUACCGGAAGCCUCAUUCCAUGGUGAAAUGCCUAAUUCAAACCCAUCUCUUCUUGUCUACACAAUGCCAUACCUGCAAGGCAUCACCUGCCUAGAAGCAUUCGGCUCCAAGCUUGAGAUGAAACCAGAAGAGAAGGCUAAACACCUUCGCUUUUUCAAAGAUUUGGCCAGAUAUUUCGCUCGGUGCUGGUCAAGCCCUCAGCCAGUUGACUUUCAAGUCCAAAAUGGUACCCAGGAGGAAAUUCAUCGUCAACUUACGAAAGUCAAGUCAACCCAUUUCGAGUCUGUACUACCGGACGCAACAAUCCUCGAGCUUCAACGCAGCCUCCCAGUCCUCUUUCAGCAAACCUACCCACAAGUUCUGACGCACAAUGAUAUUUCUCAGACAAAUAUUCUUGUUAAUGAGGAGACUUUUGAAAUCACAGGUCUCGUCGAUUGGUCCUUAGCCAAGGUACUUCCGUUUGGCAUGGAGCUAGGAACUCUUAUAUUAGCAACUGGCUACAUGGGCAUCGGAGAAUGGCACACUUAUACCUGCCGUCAAAGGCUUAUUGAUGCUUUCUGGGCUGAGUUCUGGGCUCAAUGUCAGAUAGUCGAUCCUAUACGCCAGCAGGAGGUCCGUUCCAUAGCGAUGCAGGGGGCUAAAAUCGCUUCCGUCCUGCACUAUGCAUUCAAGCGGAAUGCUGAUGGCACUUCAUCCGAAGAAUUGAAUAUUACUGACUGGGCAUUGAGAUGGCUGGAAGUUUCGACUCAAGACUACUAG